GGGAGAGUAUAGUUGCCUCGGAUCUGCAGGCCUCGGUAGCCAAGCCGGGAUGCUGUUUUCUUAGUUCUUCGCCCUCUCCCCAUCGCCCUGUCUAAUUGGUGAACCAGGAGGUUUCCAAGGUAACCGCGCAGUAGGGCGGAUCCUCCUAAGAAGGGAAAACGCAACCUGGAAGUGACGCUAUUACCUCGCGCCAGCGGCGAGAGGCUUCGAAGAUGGCGGCGCGCAAGGGUCGGCGGCGCACGUGUGAACCUGGGGAGUCUAUGGAGACCGAACCCCAAGAAACAGGGUCCAAGGGCCAGGGUCAGGUCUAUCUACCUGGUCGGGGACCGCCGCUGCGCGAAGGAGAGGAGCUGGUCAUGGACGAGGAGGCCUACGUGCUGUACCACCGAGCACAGACGGGCGCCCCCUGUCUCAGCUUCGACAUAGUCCGGGAUCACCUGGGAGACAACCGGACUGAGCUUCCUCUUACACUUUACCUGUGUGCUGGGACCCAGGCCGAAAGCGCCCAAAGCAACAGAUUGAUGAUGCUUCGGAUGCACAAUCUUCAUGGGACAAAGCCCCCACCGUCGGAGGGCAGCGACGACGACGAGGAGGAGGAGGAUGACGAAGAGGAUGAAGAAGAGCGGAAGCCUCAGCUGGAGCUGGCUAUGGUGCCCCACUAUGGAGGCAUCAACAGAGUUCGGGUGUCGUGGCUGGGGGAGGAGCCGGUGGCUGGGGUGUGGUCAGAGAAGGGCCAGGUGGAAGUGUUUGCGCUGCGGCGACUCCUGCAAGUGGUGGAUGACCCCCAGGCCCUGGCCACCUUCCUCCGGGAUGAGCAGACCCGUGUGAAGCCCAUCUUCACCUUCUCUGGCCACAUGGGCGAGGGCUUUGCCCUUGACUGGUCCCCUCGUGUGCCCGGGCGCCUGCUGACCGGUGACUGUCAGAAGAACAUCCACCUCUGGACGCCAACAGAUGGGGGUUCCUGGCACGUGGACCAGCGGCCAUUCGUGGGCCACACACGCUCCGUGGAGGACCUGCAGUGGUCCCCAACCGAGGACACGGUGUUUGCCUCCUGCUCAGCUGACACCUCCAUCCGCAUCUGGGACAUCCGGGCAGCCCCCAGCAAGGCCUGCAUGCUCACCACCGCCACCGCCCACGACGGGGACGUCAACGUCAUCAACUGGAGCCGCCGGGAGCCCUUCCUGCUCAGCGGUGGGGACGACGGAGCCCUCAAGGUCUGGGACCUGCGGCAGUUCAAGUCUGGCUCCCCAGUGGCCACCUUCAAGCAGCACGUGGCCCCCGUGACCUCCGUCGAGUGGCACCCCCAGGACAGUGGGGUCUUUGCGGCCUCGGGUGCGGACAACCAGAUUACACAGUGGGACCUGGCCGUGGAGCGGGACCCCGAGGCCGGUGACGCAGAGACAGACCCGGGGCUGGCCGACCUCCCCCAGCAGCUGCUGUUCGUGCACCAGGGCGAGACGGACCUGAAGGAGCUGCACUGGCACCCGCAGUGCCCCGGGGUGCUGGUCAGCACCGCCCUGUCGGGCUUCACUGUCUUCCGCACCAUCAGCGUCUGAGCUUGGCCUGGCCGAGUCUGUCUGGUCCUCCACUUACUUGGAACUGAAGUUGAAAGUUCAUCAUUUCCUUGGAAGGAACUCAUUCAGAUCUGCUGGACAGCGCCUCUCCAAAAGGACUUGGUUUGGCCCGUUGUCUGCCAUGAUGGAUUCUGUUUGACUUACUGUUCUUUGAAAGGACUUGGUUUGGUCCAAUGCCCCUCUUGCUAGGAGAGAUGGUUUGACUCGUGGCUCUAAAACUAAGAUUUGGUUUGCUUCCCUUGAUUCCUCCAACUGAAGCACUUGGUUUGACCCAUGGCCCUGUAAAACCACUGCAGUUGUCUCCAGUGAACCCUCAGACCCAGAGACUUGGGUCAACCCAGUGAGCGCCACCUGUCAGAAGAGGCCACUAGCCCAUUUCCCAGAUAGGCCUGGUGUGUCCUGUGUUGCUGUGGGUAUUUUGUCAGCUGCAGGCCCUGGGCUUGACUCUGAUCUCCCUGCCACUGGUCUCCCUCAGGGAACUCAAGUGCCUUAGAGUGGCUGGACCAAAUUUGAGGUGUGGGUUCCUCCAGCAGAAUUUGGUGUGGCCCUUGUCUUCCUGCCAGCUGGGUUUGACUGGGUGGAGCCUUCUCCCCUCUUCCCAGAGAGGCACUGUGCAGGGCGGGGAAGUUAGGGGCUCUUGAGAGGCAAUAAAGGACCAGAAUGGAACCUGAA